AUUAUCGGAAUAGUUGAGUUAUGGAUGCGAGACCAUUUCAUCCUGGACCUGCUGUCCCGUCUAUGCUAGAAUUUCAACCAAGGCAUCGAUGCAAAUCUAUUUGGAACGACCCAAAUUAUGAUCCCCAUCUUAGUGUAUCUAGAUAUGACGGUCAAAUGUAUACUAAUGAACCACGAGAUCCCCGAAUGAUUGCAUAUUUAAGGGUCGUAGGGUUUUACGGUGUUGCACAUUUAGGUCAACGUAUUAAUAUCGAUCGCAGCCGCAUCGCAGCACUCGUAGAGAGAUGGCGGCCAGAGGUGCAUGCCUUUCAUUUUUCAUUUGGUGAGGUGGGCAUAACACUUCAAGACGUUGAAGUGUUAUUCGGUUUGAAGGUUGAUGGGCUUGCAGUCACGGGCAAAGACAAGCGUCCAUGUAAUGAAUGGAUUGAGGAAUGUGACAGGUUGUAGGGCUUUCGGCCUCCCAUUGAAGUCGUUACGAUGAGCAAAAUAUAUGCUACCGCGUUACCACCCGUGCUUGUUCUGAAUGGGUGGCAUACUGAUGAGGAAGUAGAGCAAGCUACCCGGAUCCUUAUUCAUCACUUGUUAGGAGGAUUUCUCUUUCCUGACACAACGAAGAAUAAGGUGAAGUUAUUUUUUUUUAAAAAAACUUUAAACACCUUUGAAGGCUGCGGUCAGUAUAGUUGGGGGUCUGCGGUUUUAGCGUAUUUGUAUAGGGCAAUGUGUCUUGCAGCCGACUUUGAGUCAUCCACAGCUUGCGGAUGCCUCAUAUUAUUACAAAUAUGGGCAUGGGAAAGACUGCCUAUGGUGAGGCCCCAAGGAAUAUUGCUUUUGAACAACCUUGGUGAUUUGCCAUAUAGGGCGAGGUGGUUUUGUCCGCAUGAAUGGCCGACAGUGAUGACACACGUAAUCCGUGCAUACAGAGACCAAUUUGAUCACUGUACAGACAGAAAAUUUGAAUUUAGGCCGUAUGAGGACAUAUUGCCAUAUCUUCCUUAUUAUUGUCGCGAUAGAGCGGGGAUGUGGACUUCACAGGUGCCACUAGUAUUUUUUUAUGUUAUAGAGUUUCACUAUCCCGAUCGAUUUUUUCGGCAAUCUAGGGGUGUACAGGACGUCCCGCAAGCUGUGCCAUAUAGGCAGGAUUUACAUGCCAUUGACAGUUGUUCAAGUAGACAGAUUAGAGAUUGGAGUGUGUAUCAUGGAGAAUACGUUGAUUUGUGGGAUGAUCGACAUAAUUACUAUGUCGCGAUGAUUCCUAUGCAUCACAUUAAGGUUACAUGUGCUUACAAAGUAUGGUUUUACCGAUAUGGCAAACGCGUUAUCGGUAACCCAGCUCAUGAUCCACACACGGGUUAUGUCGAAUACGCAACCGAAUUACACAGAAUGGUAUUAUUAUUGUUAUUAUUAUUAUUAUCAUGAUUGUGGUUGUUGUGGUUGUUGUCUUAGACGCAUGGAUUCCGAGCUAUUUCGUUAGAGUCGACAACCACUUUAGCCGAUCCAACCAUCGAUCGAGAUGCAACAUUGACACAUAUCGAUAACAUCUCUCUAGAUAAUUUAGGUGAGCAUAAUUUUAUAGUCAAUGUACCUGAUGAGGAUUAUUAUGCUGCUCGCCAAGAAGACAUUGUGCAAGCUCGUCGUAGAGAUAGAAGGCGAGAGCGUUGACACAUGAGGGGUGGUUUGGUGAGAGGUGGUCGUGCAGGGCGUGGUGGUCAAGUGAUACUGGGAGCGGAAUCGGUUGAGGAUGAUGAUGAUGAUGACGAAGGGGAAGAUGAAGCAUAAGUGGGGCCAGACCAGGCGGCAACUGCAACGCCUUCAAGGAGCGUGCGCCAUACAGUGAUGUUGGUAGCAGUUUCCAUCACAUUACUGAUAUAGGUCAGAGUAGUGGUAUACAGUACGGUGAUGUUGGUAGUAGUUAUCAUCACAUUACCGAUAUAGGUCAGAGUAGCGGCACACAGUACAGUGGAUUUUCCCAAUUCAGUGGUGAGCAAAGCGUAUUCAGUGGUGAAUAAUACGUUACUCCGUCUAAAGCCAUUUAUCAUUCUGGUUGAUCACCAAUCAUAUUCGCCCCACCACAUAUAAUAGCAAGUACCCCACGACCAACAUUUAAUAAUGACCCAGUUUACUAUCCCGUUAUAGAUUUUCAAACCGAGUCAUCGUUCGAUCAUAUGGGAUGGGGUUGGACCUUCAACUUACACCGCCGACUGCUCCUGAGCUACAAGAGGAAGGGGGCAAUUAACCGUUAAGGCGAUCAUCGCGACCACAUGUGGCACCAAGUUGUGGAACUCAUUCUCGGAGAAGGUAAUAAUGAAAAUUAUAAAUUAUUUAGAUUUGUAUUUAAACUAUUUUAUUAUAAUUAGACUAAAUAUUGUUCGUUUCAAUUUGAACGUAGGUACUAGUGACGACUAGUACAAUGCCGCAUAAAUAUUUAAAUUAGUGAUGACUGUUGCAAUGUAA